CAGGUGUAUUGGCAGCUAACAGCGUCCAGAGCGAAAUAGCUCAGUUCUCGGACAAGCCUCAUCGAAGAUGUUACAAAUGUGUAUAAUAGUUUUUUACCUACUUCAAGUAUAUGUCAGCCCCUUGGCCAAGUCUCUCAUGCUCCGAGUGUCAUUGGAGGUGAAGGCGAAGCCUUUGGCCAGUCCGCAAUUGCACAGUUUUCUUGCAACUGAGACGCUGAAGCUAACACUGGAAAAUAGAGACAAUAUGGAGUACUAUGGGCGCAUUAGCAUGGGCACGCCCCCACAGCUGUUCAGGGUGAUCUUCGACACGGGCUCGGCCAACACGUGGCUGCCCUCGAGCAAUUGCCCGGAGAGCAAUAUCGCCUGCCAGCUGCACAGCCGCUACAAGGCGCGCAAGUCGAAGAGCCACGUGCCAAUUGGUCGCAACUACUCGAUGGCCUACGGCAGUGGCUAUGUGAGUGGAUAUCUGUCGCAGGAUACGCUGCGAUUAGCGGAUGUUGUUGUGCCCGGCGUGACCUUCGGGGAGACGCUGACGCACUAUCAGCCUGCCUUCAUUCCGACGACCUUCGAUGGCAUCGUGGGCCUGGGCUUCGGUGAGAUUGGCUGGCGCAACACGACACCCUUCCUGGAGCUCCUCUGCCAGCAGCAUCUCGUCGAGCAUUGCCUGUUCUCGGUCUAUCUGCGGCGCAUGCCUGGCGAGCUGUAUGGCGGCGAGAUCACAUUUGGGGGCAUUGACGAGUCCCGCUACCUGGGCGAUCUCCACUAUGUUCCGUUGUCCAGGGUCGGCUACUGGCAGUUCGAGAUGUCCAGCGUGGCUGUGGGCAAUCGACAAGUGGCAGAGAAGAUUGAAGUCAUCUUGGACACGGGCACCUCAUUUAUUCUGCUGCCAAUCGAUCUCUUUGAGGAGCUGCAGCGCGCCAUCGGGGCCAUCAUUGUGAACGGAUCGAACGUCGUUAGCUGCCAGGCGGAGAAUCUGCAAGAUGUUUACUUCCAUGUCGGAGAGAAGAAGUUUACUUUAAGCCCUGCCGACUAUGUGGUUAAGCUAGAAACUCCCAGUAAAACGAUCUGUAUCGCUGGAUUUAUGCCAAUCGAUGAGAGCUUCUGGGUGCUGGGCGAUAUAUUCCUGACGCGCGUUUACAGCGUUUUCGAUGCGGACGCCAAACGUGUUGGCUUUGCUGAAGCUGUUCUCGAGGAGAAUUAGCACAAUAUGAAUAAAAAUAAAGAAAUUUAAAAUAAUUCA